GCAUCCGGGAAGAAGGUCUGGCCGAUUUUCUUAUACUUUCAUCAAUUAAUUCGAAGCAACCUUGAAAGUCUUCUACAUGCUUCUAGCUUUAUUACUUAUAGUUACGGACUCGGCCAAAUUUGAAUUCGAAUGUACUAUGUAAAUCCAAAGUAUCCAUAAUAUAUAUCCUACUAAGGAGUCUAAGUACAUAGUAUCUACUGAUCAUACAUACAUAUUACAUACAUAUUACAUACAUACUCAUAUACAUACCAACAACAUACAUACAUUGAUACCCUGCACAUCAAAGACCCAAACUCUUGUACCACCAUGGCAUACUUACAAAUCCCAAGAGAAUACGGCUAUGUCCUCACCGUCGCCGCCUCGUCGUUUUUUAUCAACACCUUUCACCAGGCCCUGACAGGUCGCGCACGCAAGGCGAGCGGCAUAACCUAUCCGACCGCCUACGCCAGCCAGGAGCUGGCUGACAAAGAUCCCAAGGCUCAUGCAUUCAAUUGCGCCCAGAGAGCUCACGCCAACUACACUGAAAACUUAACUCCCUUCCUCGGCGCUCUUCUCAUAUCCGGCCUUUACUUCCCGACUUCAAGCACCACCCUCGGCGCGGCCUGGGUUAUCGGCCGUGUCUUAUACGCCUAUGGUUACACGUCUAGCGGACCAAAGGGCAGGGUGACGGGCUCUGUCGUGAGUAUAGUCACCGACGCUGCUUUGAAGAUUAUGGCUAUUAUUUCUGGUGUCAAGAUUGUUUUAAGUGCCUGAGGACUAGAAGCAUUAAAAUAGAAACCAAUCCGCCCACCACUACGAAGCACUUAGAUUUAGGUACAUAGGCAAUGACUAAGGAAUUAUAUAUGAAUAUAUA